CUUCCUUCGUAGAAAGUAUGUAUGAGCGCAUCGAAAGCGCACUGUGACGGUCUCAGUGCGAUGGCAGGCAGCGCGAGAGGCGCUCAUACCCAUAUGAACGUGAAGCGGUCCGCUUUGGUAGCUGUGGAUGCCAGAAGACGCCGGGCGCCAUACCAGCCGAGUAGGAGAGCAGACAUCACGCCCGCGAGUGAAUAUGCCGACACGGCUGAGAAGUCAUCGAGAAGGCCCAUCGUCGGGUUGGAUUGACCGGGUCGACUGUCGAAAGGACUGGGACGCGAGACGAGUACCCCGCUCUGGCGACGGAUGAGCGAGUUUCUCAGGCCACCAGCUGGUGCUGCCCGUCUCGAAGGCAAUGUACGACUACCAGAGCAUCUCCCUUCGACUCAUACAGGCGAUGCAACACCACCGGGCUCGCCAGCCAAAGCCCCCGGUUCACCGAAAAGCGGCGGAUUGACGUCUCAUUUCAAGUCACCCAAUGCGAUGCUCAAUGAGCUGCUCGUCAGCUCGGUCGUCAAUGCCACUGCGGGCCCGACAACGGCAUCUGCCAAAGCGCCUCUCAGUCUGCAGACGACCACAGUCAACUUUCGCAACUUUGUGCAAAAGUCCGGGCCGAUUUUCUACGUACAGGAUGGUGUAGAGAGUAUCAUCAGAUGGGAGGACCCGAUCAAGACUGUCUUCUGUGGCUGCUGCUGGGUCGUCCUCUGUCUUCAUCCCAUGCUCUUGCUACUGCUACCUAACGUCAUCAUCAUCACGAUCUUGCUCGUCACGCAUCAGAAGCGGUACCCGCCCCAGCCUAUCGCAGCCAGCCUGAACGAGCGACCGACAAAGGUGUCCGACAAGCCUAUGAAUGAUGGGCCGCCCUCGCAAGGAUCUAUAGACUAUCUACAGAAUCUCCAAAACAUACAAGGCAUGAUGGGGAGGAUAAGUGAUCUGACAGAUGCCGGCAGACAAGCGGUACCCUAUCUCGACUGGUCCAAUGAGCGUCUUACAAUGGUGAUAUUGCAAGUAGCCAUACUGUCCGGCAUCGGCAUGGCAUCUAUCAUGUACUACGUACCGUGGAAGUACGUCGCUCUUGUCGGCGGCAUAGCUGCUCUCGCUCUAUCACAUCCGCUCUCGAUCUCGCUCCUUGGUCGAUCGGCACCGCUCAUGCAGACCCGAAGCAAGCACAUCCUAGCAAAAUUACAACAGAUCAUGGAAGAUGAUGCUCUCAAUGAUGAGCAUCUCGAAGCGCUCGACAUCCGCGAUAUCGAGCUCUUCGAGAAUGAAAGGCUCGAUGAGACUGGCCAGUGGAGCCCGCAUGCACUUACCCUCCGAGAUCCGAAGCCAUGGGCCACGCAAGCCAGCAUCGCUGCUGGUCUAUCACACGACACACAGGCUGCUACUGCGCCGUCUGACGCAGAACUCAGCUACAGUCCACCCAAGGGCUAUCGCUGGGUGGAAGGUGAGCAGUGGCGCAUCGACAAGUACUCGAAUUGGGCUAUUGCAUCGGACUUGGACGACGAUGGCUGGCACUAUUCUACAGACUUUCGCCCAACGGAGAACGCAUCAGAUGCCAUCAAGGCGCAUUCGACGAGGCAAAGAAGAUGGAUUAGACGCGCGUUUCAUUACGCAGGCUAGAUUGCAAUGUGACAAUUGCUCUCGUACACACAUGUGACAGACGA